AUAAUUUGAACCAAUUGAUUGUUUUCCGAAGCGAGAAAAGUAAUUUCCAUAGACAUAGAGAGUUCAUCAUUUGUGUGUGGGAUGUGAUAUUGCCCGGGUGCCCAAACCGAAGCAGGUGGUUAUCUUAUAGGGCCACUCUCCGGGCCUCUGACCUAAAGGUCUAACCCACAAGGCAGUGGAGCAUCGUAAGGAGAUGCAAUCCUAUGGUAGCCGGUGACCAGCGAUUGGUUCAUACGCCAUUUGUUCCCGCAGCAUACUGGAGCCCAUGUGCACCAUUGGUUUGUGAUCCGGUUAAAGCGCUGGACAUUCGCUUUUCGUCCUCUCAUUUUCGUAAACAACACCCCCGCCACGAGAAGGCAAUGAGUAGGACUUCCCUGGCAGAGGCUGUAUACGCGCGGCCGUGUGAGAGUAUUUCGAGAGGGAGAGCGGACUCUCCCUACUCUCGGCCGUACCAGGGUAUUCGGGGGCAUCAUCUGUAGUAGUUAAUUAUGAAGAGACUGAGACCAAAGAUUUGAGCAUAAUAACAUCAUUUCAUUUCGUCAGCUUUUUACAACGUGUAAUAUUUACCACUGAUCUACAAACACACUGUUCCCUUGAGCCCUAUUUUGUCAAUGAUCGAUUCGCCGUUUCAUAAAGUUGUAUGCUGACUAGCAGAGAAGUUAAAGCGAAAAGCAAAUUCAUUUAAAUAUUCAUCAUAAUUUACUGACAGGCUAAAUCACGCAAAAGUUUCUGGUAAGUCGAUGGUUGCUUUUUACAUAACAUACUUGUUCACCAAAAUAUCACUUCUUAAAACCACUAACAUAAUUGGCCAACAUUCUGAGCUACCGUUACCGGUGUCAAUUCAAAUGAUUGCUAAUUAUAUACACAAAAGGCGUUCAACUUUAGUUUAACAACACUAUGUACCGUCAAAAUGACGGUGUUGCAAUGAGAAUUUCAAUUGUGGUAGAUCUUUUUUGGGCUAUCUUGAAAACAUAGGACUUGAAAAAGCGGUGAGUACAAUGACGGAAUACUCGCGAUAUUUUAAUAAUAGGUUCAUUGUUCGUGAUUCUUCUGUUAGAACUUUUUAAUGAGGCUCAUCACAACAGAUGACUUUCUACGAAGCACAAAAAGGACGACGUGCUUCACCUUCUUGGCAUUAUCAUACUACAGACUGCAGGCGAGACAGUUCAAUGUUCGGUUUAUCGAAAAAGUACUUGGAAUGGUCUAUACUUGAAUUCUGAUAGUUUAUGUCCAAUCCGUUACAAGAAGGCAUUGAUCAGAAUACUUUUAUAGAGUAGAAAUUGUAUGUGUCACUGACAAUCUGGAAGAAGAAUUGGUUAACAUCGAAAAGUGUCUCGAAGACAACUUGUGUCCAUGGAAAUUCAUUGAUAAAUAUAAAAAAAACUAAAGACAAGUUGGAUGUUGCUAUAGUCAAUAAAAAACCUUUGUUUACUCAUCUCAACUUGAAAGGUGAUGACGCUGCAAGCACAACCAGCAGAAGGCCUAACGCUUCAUUUGCCAGAACCUGCCCUGCAACCAAAUUUUGUCCUGUAUAAAAUAACUUUCUCAGUAAUUCAGUCUAAAGUCGACAAAUACUCCACCGAUUCUGUAUAUAAAUGUACAGCUACAUCGGCUAAACAGAAUGGAGAGAAUAUCGCCAACGUUUUUUGGAAUUGUUUCAAAAAGCCUUCGACCAAGAGGGAGGAAUAUGUUAAGUAGCGCAAUCACCAAGCAUCUCUUGGACAUCAAGUUGAUAACUUGAAAUUUUUCAAGGUAUUUGAUAAACAUCCAAGCUCCAGCCUUCCAAAUUCUUCUGGAAGAAUCGCUACUAGGCGCAAGAAACCUGAUUUAUAUGUUUAGAAGGGCACGAUUAUUAAUCUUUCUCUGCCUUGUUGACACAAAUAUCACUUCGUUAUGACAUGAAAUAUUAUUAAAAUCUCAAUUGAUUAUAUCAUUGUUUCUCUUUCUAAUCCUCUUCUAGAUCAGUAGUUCCAUUUAAACAAUUGAGCUUUACUCAAUUUAUGUUUGCUUUUUAUCAGUGUCCGAUCAUUGAGUAAUAACUUUUCUCUAGCUCUUCAGUCUUUUGUUACUAUAAACGUUGUAGAGAGCCCUUCCACAUAAGAUAUAUAUUUGUUUUUUUUAUAUAAUCUCCUAAGUUUUACAUCCUUACUAUUGUAUACUGAUGUGUGUUCAAAACUUCCAACCAAACUCAUAUACAUAAUUCCAAUACAUUUUGUAAUUAUGAUUUGUGAACACUAUAGGUUGUAAGCAGUUGACGAAAAUCUAACGAGAUAGAGUAAAUUUAUGUUCUGUUCAAAUCUUUGUUCGUGGUCUCUUCACGAUGAUAAAGAAAAGCAUGUGGGUUGGAUAUGGACUAUCAAUUCAACAGAUGAUUCUGUCAUAACAGGUUCAUGGGAUGGUGCUUUAAGAGUUUGGAGGUUGACAAAUUCUGGCCUCGCAUUCCAAUCAAUUUAUCAAUUAGGAACUCCUGUACUGUGUUCAAGCUUUUUGGAUUCCAAUACUUUGGCAGUUGGUACACAUGAUCGAAAUGUUUAUCUAUUGGAUAUACGUUCGUUUGAACAAAAUCCAUCGAAUCGUUUGUGUCAUAAAAACGCUGUUCUUUGCAUAGAUGCUAUAUAUGAAAAUGGUUUGCGUUCAGCUGUUUCAAGAAGCUGUACUUCUUCUAUGAAAAACUGUAUUAGUGGUAGCGGUGAUAACUGUGACCAGAUAUAUGUAGAAUAUGAUUAUCAUUCAGAGUUGUCAUCUGUAACAGCAAGUGAAGAAAAUUUUGAAGACUGUAUGAUUGAUCCAUUUGAAAUGGAAACUGUUGUACUGGACAGUCGUGAACCCAGUCCUGUAUCAUUUCCCGCAAAGUGUAAUUCAGACGAAAUAAGUUGUGACCAACUGAAUAUACAAACUAAUUCACCACCUACUGACCUAAACCAUUCGCCAAAACAAUCAUUUUCUAACGUUCACCUAAUCACUGGCAGCAGUGAUCAAUAUAUUGCUGGUUGGGAUAUGAGAAAUUUUUCUCAACCGGUUCACAAACACAAGCUCAGUCGUUACCCAAGAAAGCUGUCUCUCUUGGAUAAGUAUGAAUUAUGGGUUGCUGAACCACCGAAUCGAAUUCACGUGUUCGACAUUCGAAAAAACCAGUUCAACUGUGUAUAUACUAACCAACUUUCUGGAUGGAAUCGUGGUUUCGGCGGCCUCAAGGCUACACUAGGAUGUAUAUUCGCUGCUGGUUUGCAUGGUUCUGUGGAAGCAUAUCAUCCAACCAAUCCAGUGAAGCCAUUGAGUAAACGACCUCUGGCUGAGAAAAUUAAUGCUCUUCCUACAAGUCUGGAAUAUCAUAAUGAUGUUUUGGUGGUUGGUUCUGGGAAUGGCUCAAUUUAUGUUUGGUCUUGUGUAGAGAGAAUUAAUUCACUGACUACUUCAUACUAAGCCACGAAUGUUAACGUUAAUCGAUCAACAUGUUUUCUCUUGGAAACUAAUAUCAUUUUUAUGUUGAAGAAUUUUUAGUGUUUUUAUCUUUCAUAUGCUAAUAUAAAUUUGAGUUUAGUUGUGCAGUAGCAUGAGGCGAUUUAAACUUUUUAUAUGGUGAGCACUUUGAAUUAGUCUUUUUACAGACAAUUUAGAACAACAUAUGUAAGCGAACAAUAUUGUUUUCGAUUUGAUCUUCAUCAGGCUUUACUCCAAUAUACAGUAUUAUUUAUAUGUAUAUACGAAAUUACUAUCGUAUUCCUACCAAUUUUCCUUAUGGGGUUCGAUCUCAUCUCUUACAAAUUUCAGAAGCUAUAGGAAUUCGAGCUAACAAUCCAAGUCUUUGUAUUCAUAAGCAAUUUGUAACAUUUUUGUCUCUCCCUUGGCCUUAAGUGGUUUUAUUUGUGAUUAUUUUCCAUACUCUUUGUUCGCUUAUUUUUCUUCACCACCUCCCACCUUUUUUUAUACACGCUUCAUUGUUCAAUUAUCUGAACACUUAUUACAUAAUCUUAUAAUUUCAUGAAUAUUAUUUCAGUGUCUACAUUUUUCAAUCAUUGACCUAUUUCUCAUUAUGAAACUUAUUAUUCUUAUCACAACUAGUACACCUGUUAUCACUAUCACUUUGUACCUCUUACCUAUUAUGUAUAUUUAUUACACUGUUAUCAUUGCCUCACAAACUACCUUGAUUGGUUCAAUAAUUUCGUAUAUGCAUAUAAAUAUUACUGUAUCUUAGAGUAAAGCCUGAUGACGAUCCAAUCGAAAACAAUAUUGUUCGCUUAUAUAUGGCGUCCUAAUUUAUCACAUGGGAAUUUUUCAAAUAUACAAUUUAUACCUCAAAGUUCUCGUGCUUCUUGAGUGUGAGCUGUAAAACAUUGUCAAUAGUGAGAUGGUGGAGAAGAUUUAUAGCUCAGGUGGAUGAUUUUGGUGCUGUUUUCUUCUCUGAGCUGGAUGGUUUGGUCGUGG